AUGUCGGCCAACCGCGAGCAUCGCAUUGCCGGCGCCGUCGACAGCCUAAUUGCACACCUGAUACCCAACGAUCCCCACGAGGACGACGCUGCCGCCCAGGAGCGACACGACCACUGCUUCGAGUUGGUGAAGUCAGUCUUGGAAGCCCCCGCGUCCCCCGCCAUUUCCUCGGACGUCAACCAUGCCUCAGACCUAAUCAAGAGGAAGCUCAUACAGAGUAACCCAACACAAGCACUGCGCUUCUCGAACCUGUAUACUCGCCUUCUUUCUCUACCUGUGCUGGGCCAGAAAUGGGCCAUCCUGUACCUACUUUACCAGCUCGCCGACUCGCCAGACCCUAACGAACCACUUCCCCUACCCCCGCCAAACCCUCCUUCGCAAACACAACGCGAUCCUUUCAGGAAACAUGAAAGAGAACGAUCAUCCAAGAACUCGACGCCAAUUUCAAGACAAGAAGAGGAGCAGUUCAACGACGCUUUUGCGCCCGAGGGACUGAAAAAAUUUCCUCCCAAGCACCCCAAGAACAAGUCGGUCGAUGAGAGGGAAAAAGACAAGGAAACGGAAAAGGAUGCAGACGAGCCUGUGGCGAACAAACGACAGGUAGCCUUAAAGUCGACGUUUCUGGCCGAUAACUAUAUCGAGAUCGAGCCCUCUGAAACCGUUCUUUUACGGGACCUCCCCUUUACUUUACAAGGACUGUCAUCGACGACGUUACCCUUCUCGAAACCACACACCGUCACAUUGCCUCCGACAUUACCAUCUCCGAUCAUCUCGCUCCUGCACACAGUAGCUGAGCCGUCUUUACUGUACCGACAUCUAGAUGUCUUCGUCAAAUCCCCGGCGCAAGGUUUGCUGAGGCAAAGUAUCCGAGCCGCAAUAGGUGGGGAGCUGCGGUCGUAUCUCAGCUUGGUCGCAACGCUCGAAGGACAGAUCCGAAGAGCGCUGUCCUCGCUAGACGAAUCUGCACCAAGAGGUGGCAUUGGAAAGGCGGGCGUAACCCUGAAAAGAUGCGUGGUAUGGACACGAGAAGCUACGAUGGGCCUAAGGCUCAUGAGUCUCAUCGCCGAAGAAUCAGAGAGCAAACGAGGUGGCCAACUCAUUUCUCUUAUCCAUGGGUUUUCAUCGUCGCAUGGCGAUCCCAUGGUAGCAGCGUUUGCUGAACGGCUGCUUGUUCAUGUUACCCGCCCAUUCUACGAUAUUCUUCGUCGCUGGAUCUACGAUGGCGAGCUUCUUGACCCUUUCUGCGAGUUUUUCGUCAAGGAACAGAAGCAGACCGACGAGCCCAAGACAGGUGGCAGCAGUGUUUGGGAGGAUAAGUAUGAGAUUGAUAAGGACAUGGUCCCUAGUAUCAUCACACAGGACUUUGCGCAAAAGGUCUUCCUCAUCGGCAAGUCUCUCAACUUCAUCAGACACAGCUGCGGUGACUCACAAUGGGUCGAGGACUACUCCAAGGCGGCCUCGAAGGAAUUGCGCUACGGCGACACUGCCACGCUUGAGGCUUGGAUCGACGAGGCGUACAAGACGACGAUGAAGCGUCUCAUCGAUCUCAUGGCGAACAAAUUCCACCUUUUCGAACAUCUUCAGGCCCUGAAGAAUUAUAUUCUUCUCGGCCAAGGCGAUUUCAUCGCUCUUCUUAUGGAAUCUCUUGCUGCGAACCUCGACCGCCCUGCUGGUGCGCAAUACCGGCAUACCCUUACAGCGCAGCUUGAGCAUGCCAUCCGCGGCUCCAAUGCGCAGUACGACUCACCUGAGGUCCUCCGCCGCCUCGACGCUCGUAUGUUGCAGCUAUCACACGGCGACAUCGGAUGGGAUUGCUUCACGCUAGAAUACAAAGUUGAUGCUCCAGUGGACGUCGUGGUUACGGACUGGGGCAACCGCCAGUAUCUCAAGGUCUUCAACUUCUUGUGGCGCAUCAAGCGCGUCGAGUUUGCCCUAGCCUCGACUUGGCGCAAGUGUAUGACGGGUUCGCGCGGAGUGCUCCAGAACUCUGACCCAGUCGUCGUGCAGACCUGGAAGUCAACCCGUGGCAUCCUCGCUGAGAUGAUUCACUUCAUCGGCCAGCUCCAGUACUACAUCCUGUUUGAGGUUAUCGAGUCGUCUUGGAAUGAGCUCCAGAAGCGCGUACAUCGCGAAGAUUGCACACUAGACGACCUCAUCAAGGCGCAUACUCGCUACCUCAAUGACAUCACUCACAAGGGACUCCUCGGCGCGCGGCGCAGCGUCCGGAAUGCCGACAUAGCGACUGGCGAAGAUGAUCGCACAUCUUAUCUUUCCCAGCUUGGCGACCUUCUGCGCGCCAUGCUCAGCUAUCGUGACUCCGUCGACGGCCUCUACAGCUGGAGCGUCUCGGACUUUACGCGUCGGCAAGAGGUCGACGUCAUGCGUAUGUCGACCCGCGGCGCUCGUCACCAGAAAAAGCCGUCGGAGCCGGGUGCGGACGGCGAGGACGACAACCCGGCCGUUGCGUCAGAGUUUCCCGUUCUCCAGGACCGCUUGCGGCAGCUCGGCGCUACGUUUCGUUCCCGCCUUCAGAUCCUUCUGGGCGACCUCGCAUAUCAGCCCGACGUGGACAUGCGUUUCCUCGGUGUCGCGAUGAACUUCAACGACGUCUAUCAGCCCUCUAGGAGGAAGACUAAGACGACCUCAACGGCCUCGGCUAACACUUCCAGAGCGUGA